CCUCCCCUCCCCCUCCCCCUCCCCCCAGCUUCAUUAUCACGCCCCCAACUCUUUCCUUUUUCUUAUUAACUCACUCCAUCCCUUCAAUCGAAACGCACCACCAUCCUUACCUCUGUUCCUCUUUACUUCGAUCUGGGCGAAUCUCUGUUUUCAACACUGUUCUUUCUGUGUGCACUUCCCUAUUUUAUUAAUGCUUUCCUACUUGGGGUGCCCCCAAUUUGUGGAUUUUUAUGGAUGAGAAUCGAAGCAGCUUGCUUUUACAGCUGAAGAUUUGAAUGGCGAUCAAAGGGGUUGAUUUCAAGUGGUACGAUGGGUUCUUCUUGUCUAUGCUUGCGACAAGUAUAAUUAUUGUGGCAGUCAAUUGGAAAAAAUAUCAUUUAUGUGCUCAUCCCUUACACAUAUGGAUUGUGGUCGACUACUCUACGGUGUUUAUUUUCCGGCUGUUGAUGUUUGUGGAUAAUGGAUUAGCUUCCGGAAUGGGAUUGGAUCUUGGUUCGGAGCAAAGAUAUGCUCGUUUUUGUGGGAGGACUGUUGUGCUAUCGAUCAUUGUUUUUUUACUUUAUCCGUUUCUUUGGGCUUGGACUAUAAUCGGUAGCCUGUGGUUCACAGCUGCAAGAGAUUGUCUGCCUGAGGACGGCCAGAAGUGGGGUUUUCUUAUUUGGCUGCUUUUUAGCUAUUGUGGGCUUACAUGUAUCGCCGGUAUCUGUAUUGGAAGGUGGUUAGCGAGAAGACAGGCGCAUCAAUACCGCGCCCAACAAGGAAUCCCUCUAUCGGAAUUCGGAGUCUUGGUUGACAUGAUUAGAGUGCCAGAUUGGACCUUUGAAGCGGCUCGGCAAGAAUUGAGAGGGAUGGCCACUGAUGCAGCUGCUGCAUACCAACCGGGACUUUACUUGACGACGGCUCAGAGGGAGGCCGUGGAGGCGCUUAUUCAGGAACUUCCGAAAUUCACGAUGAAGGCUGUUCCUACCGACUGCAGCGAGUGUCCCAUAUGUUUGGAAGAGUUUUACAUCGGAAACGAGGUCCGUGGUCUGCCUUGCGCCCACAAUUUUCACGUGGAGUGCAUCGACGAGUGGCUUCGACUAAAUGUGAAAUGCCCUCGAUGCCGGAGCUCUGUCUUCCCGAAUCUCGACCUGAGCGCCUUAUCGAAUAUCCCCGUCGAUUCCGAGAGGCUCGUCAUGUCGACGGGAUACGUGAGACACCAGUCUCCCAGUCAGAGCUAUUUAUUGAGAUUACAGGGACUGCUCCGACCGGUCCACACGUGGAGCGGCGGGUCUGGCGGCGAAACCACCGGCGCUGAUACAUCUUCGGGUCAAGUUUUGACGGCUGUGAAUCGAAGCCCCGACGACGAUGCCGAGCCUGUUCAAGUUGUGGUCGAAGAGCCUGCACCGUCUCAACAUCCGUGACAACCUUACCUUUGAUCCAAGAAAAUAGUUUUGAUCUUGUAUGGUAAAACGUUGCUAAGUUUUCGGGUUCCUGUUUUGUAAGAAAUACGACCAGUCUAAUGUUGUUCACAAGAACGUAUUGUUCAUCUGUACGAGAACUAACGAUGCUGUUCUGUUGGAUACGAACGUACAAAUCCGACGUUAUUCUUUUUGAAAUA